UUGGUUGGUGAGACUCGAGUGAAAUGAUAUGGGGAUGAAAGGGGAUCAAAGUUCGUUCGGGAUCCCCCCGCCCCAGACUGCGGGAUCCUGCCUACCCCGUAGAGUCGGGGCUGCAGGGCGUGGCUGCCUGGAGAAAGAACACCUUCGCUAACCCGCCCCGAGGCAAAUCGGGGGGCGGGGCCAUCCCGUUUGGGGCGGGGCCCGUGUCAGGCCCAGCCCAGGUGUCCGCAGACCUGCAGCUACGGGACUUGCAGAGCACAGUGCCAGCCAAGUCCAGGGCAGGUGGUGUGAGAGCCCAGCGCCUUCAGCACCGCACCCCGAGUUCUCGCCCGGUCCUGCGCGGUGCUGCUCAGAGCAAACCGGUUAUAACCAUGGCAUUCGCAAGCUGGUGGUACAAGACGCAUGCCAAUGAAAAAGACAGUAGAUCACCUUCCAGGUCAGGAGAAAAGAAAGAAGCAGAUGAGGACAAAGCACCAAGCCAUGGGAGCAGUCAACCCUUCAGAACCCAUGCUGGUGGGACAGCCCCGGCCACCAAGGUGUCUACUUCUACCACGUCAACUAGCAAGUCUUCCAGUAUGAAUCCCACAGAAACCAAGGCUGUAAAAACAGAACCUGAAAAGAAGUCACAAUCAACUAAGCCAUCUGUGGUUCAUGAGAAAAAAGCCCAAGAAAUAAAGCCAAAGGAACAUACAGAGCCAAAGAACCUACCCAAACAUGCAUCAGACACAGGAAGCAAGCAUGCUCAUAAAGAAAAAGCGGCUUCCAGAUCAAGUGAGCAGCCAGCAUCAGAGAAGUCAACAAAACCAAAGACUAAAUCUCAGGACACAGUUUCUGCUGGCGGGAAGAGUGUUGUUGCUGGUGUAGCUGUGGCACCUGGCAAGUCGGAUGACAAGAAAAAAGAAAAUAAAUCAUUAACAUCGGCGGUACCAGUUGGGUCCAAUGUGGGUAAACCAUCUGGAAAGUCAGACAUGGAUGCUGCUUUGGAUGACUUAGUAGACACUUUAGGAGAACCUGAAAAAAAUGAAGAAAAUAACACACCAUAUACGGGACCUGAAGUUUCGGAUCCCAUGAGUUCUCUCUACAUAGAGGAAUUGGGUAUACGAGAAGGCACAAUUCCUCCAAAAUACCGGGAACUUUUGGCUAAAAAAGGCAUCACAGGACCUCUUCCAGACUCUCCGAAACCCAUGGGGCUCGACGAUGCCAUCGACUCCUUGUCAUCGGACUUCACCUGCAGUGCGCCUGCCCCUGGUGGAAAGGAAACUGAGAAAGAGACGUCUACGGGAGAAGUUUUAAAAGCUCAGUCAGCCAGGGUAGCCAAAAGUGCCGCUCCACCGCAUGAGAAAAAAAGAAAGGUGGAGAAGGAGAAGGACACGAUGAGCGACCAGGCGCUGGAGGCUCUUUCCGCCUCGCUGGGCCACCGGAAGUCAGAGCCCGAGCUCGACCUCAGCUCCAUUCAGGAAGUCGAUGAGGCAAAAUCCAAAGAAGAGAAACGAGAGAAGUGCGGUGAGGAUGACGAAACGGUCCCAGAGGAGUACAGAUUGAAACCAGCGAUGGAUAAAGAUGGAAAACCACUAUUGCCAGAGCCUGAAGAAAAAUCCAAGCCCCGGAGUGAAUCAGAACUCAUUGACGAGCUUGCAGAAGAUUUUGACCAGGCUAAAUGUAAAGAAAAACAAGCUAAGCCAACUGAAAAAACAAAAGACUCUCAGGCCCUGGCUCCCGUGGGAGAGGAUGUGCCUCGGGCCUCCCUGUGCAGCGUGCAGUCGGCACCGCCCCAGCCGGCACCGCCCCAGCCGGCACCGCCCCAGCCCGCUGCUUCGAAGGGCAUGGUGCCAGAUGAUGCUGUGGAAGCCUUGGCCGGCAGCCUGGGGAAGAGGGAAGCAGAUCCAGACGAGGGGAAGCCAGUGGAGGAUCAAGUCAAGGAGAAAGCCAAAGAAGAGGAUCGUGAAAAGCUUGGUGAAAAAGAAGAAACAAUUCCUCCUGACUAUAGAUUAGAAGAGGUCAAGGACAAAGAUGGAAAACCACUCCUGUCAAAAGCAUCCAAGGAAUCACUUCUACCCAUGAGUGAAGACUUCCUUCUUGAUGCCUUGUCUGAGGACUUCGCUGGACCCCAAAACACUCCACCACUUCCAUUAGAAAAUGCUAGACUGUCAGCUGCCAUCUCAGAACUGGUCUCCCAAACCCCAGCGACAACCACCCACUCUGCAGGUCCAGCCCCUGGCGCUCAGAAGGACAGCAAAGAGCUCGACGAUGCCCUGGAUCAACUUUCUGACCGUCUAGGGCAAAGGCAGCCUGAUCCAGAUGAGGACAAACCACUGAAGGAUAAAGUCAGGGAAAAAGCUAAGGCUGAACAUAGAGACAAGCUGGGAGAAAGAGAUGACACUAUCCCACCUGAAUACAGACAUCUCUUGGAUAAAGAUAAGGGCACGCCACCUAAAGAGAAACCCAAGGAAUCAAAGAAACCUGCAGAUGACCAAGACCCCACUGAUGCCCUGUCCAAGGAUUUAGACGGCCGUCCUCCAGCUGCAGAAACCUCAGAGAACACAGCACAGGACAAAGCCAAGAAGACUGCUUCCGGCUCCAGAGCGUCCAGGAAUGGGGGGAAGGCGAAGGACCCAGCAAAGGCAAAGGAGACAACUUCCAAGCCAAAAGCUAAUGAAAAAAAUACAAGUUAAAGUGCACACUAUUUGGUGUCUACAUAUAAAAUCUUCAGCUGGUGGCUGGUGACUUCUGAAGAACAAAAGGCUUGGACAACAAAUUUUUCUGGGUGGCUUCUGGACAGUGGUAUUUGUUGAGUGUUUGACAUCCUAAAUAUUGGUUUGUUAUUCUUUUCCCGGAAAGAAACUGAAUUUGUCUGGUUCACCUGUGCUAUUGUACUGAGUAUUGAUAAACUUUUAAUUUUUAAAAAUUGCCUUCAGUUGGGAGAGAAAGGAGCUUUAUAUUUCUAAGAGAUAUAUUUGAUAGUUUGUUAAAGCCACACUCACACACACACACACACGCACACACCAAGGAAAAACUUUUGCAAACUUUUGCACAUACUACACACAGUGCCUGUAAAUCUCAUUAGUAUUUUCGGUUUCACUUAAUUUUUGUUGUUGUUGUUAGCAUUUGGAAAUCAAUGCUUUCAACAUUCUUCAAUGCUCUGAUUUCUCAUUUCCCCUUUCCUCUUGGGCUUUUGAACUUGUAUUUGAUGAUUCUUUGGGUUAAAGUUUAUAAGUCCAACAUAAAAUUUGUACAUUGGGCACUUAUCUCCUCUUGGGCUGCUAAUAAUAAAUUAAUAGGUAACCUGGACAGACCAUGAAGCACUGCAUUUAUAGGUUAAACUCUUCUUUGCCAAAGGUUAGGACUUCUGCACCUUAUAGCCAGCUCAAAACAUACUGAGACUUGAAUCAAGUCAAAAGAGCAAGAUACAGGCUCUAUGUCCCGCAUAACAACUUCCAAGAAUAAAAUCGUCUACUUCGAAUAUUCACGUGGCUUGAAUUUGCUAGUUUCCUGUGUUAAGCUGUGCCUUCCGUUCCCUCAGUAUAAAACCCGAGCAGCAACUGUUUGCUUAGACCACUGCGACACUAGUCUUUGCCCUGCGCAGCACCCGGCUUUAUGGAAGUUAGGUCUACCGAAUACAAAACCGAACUUCUGCUUAAAAAAUAUCUGGAAUUUAAAAAUGUGCUUCUCACCCCCUCACAACAAUUUAAGAACUAGGCUCUACUGUCUUACAACUUUGAAUGGUUUCUCAGAUCUUUCUGAAUGAAUUGUUUAUGGACGUAACACUGAUGAGAUUUUGAUAAAUAUUUAAUUUCAUCAUUACUUCCCGGUAGUAAAUGUAGGAAGAUAUCAGGUACAUAUCAUAAACUGCUCUGGAAUUUCUUGUUUGAAAGAGCACAGCCUUCCUUAGCAUCUGUUUGGAGGUUUCAUUUAUUAGGACUUAACUGACUUCACUAAAUAUAAUAUCACCAGUAUUGUCUAAGGUGGGGGGAGAGACAAAAAUAACACUGAUUAUAAUGGGCAUCAAAUUUUGUUAAUAUGUUCUACAAAUUCUCUUUAAAAAACAUGCAUGUACCUAUGAGAUUUCAAACUUCACCCACUUUAAAUGCUAUGUCUAUAUGAUCAGAGACACGGGCAUUUUUUUUUUAUUAUUCUAAGUCUGGGAAAUAUAAGCCAGUGUUAUGGUGACUAAACAGACCUUUUCAAGGCACUGACGAGAAAAUAAAACACACGUUUCCUGAGGGAUUUUAACUCUGUAUCUAAUUCUUCCAUUGGGGUAGUAUAAAGGGGGGUUUUUUGUUUGUUAAAAAAGGUAGGACCUUGGACAUUGACAGAUGUGUUUGCAAGAAUAUGGCUGCAGUAUUACUAACUUCUAUGCAUAUAUGCUAUUUUUAAAUGACAUACCAAAAUCCAGAGAUUUAAGAAAUGCCUAUAAAAGUAAACAUUUACUUAAGGUACUCUGAAUAUGCCUUUUUGUUAAUCAGAAAUGUUCUCAAGACUUGGGUGUUUGAUAUUAAUUGAUGAUGACUUGAGUAAGCUUCCAGAUCUAAAGCAAUCCUUGUUUACCCACCUAAUUAGGAAGAAAUACUUGCAAAUAUAUGCUUAGAGGUAAAUAACAACUUUUUAUUACCAAAAAGGUUUUGCACAUUGUUGUGGCAAUACUGUGUCUGUUUGGAAAGGCACUUCUCCAAAAGCCAACGAAAGUAGGUUCCUCAGGUGACCCAACUGAAGAUCACUAUUUCCAUGUUUCAUUAAUCAAGAUGUAAAAUACAAUUAAAGAAAAAUAUUUUACAUUCAAA